UGCCACGACUGCAGCAGCUAGCCUAACCAUUUUAUCUAAGUCUUUCUCCUCAAAAAGGGUCGAACUACUAAAGAUGUCGGCGAAUUACAUCCCUCGUGGACCAUUGCUGAUACUCGCAGUACUGAUUAUUGCUGUUUUUGUGCUUCGUUCUUUUUUCGGUGUUCCUAAAUUCGGGAGGAAAUAUAGUGCAGAUUUUGUUCAUAAACCUGCUGGAUCCAUCAGAAUCAAGAUGCUUACAUUUAAUAUUUGGUUUUCUCCGGACAAAAUGGCCGAAAGGAUGGAAGCACUGGGGAAAAUCGUGCAAGAUCUCAAACCUGAUAUUUUAACUUUUCAAGAAGUUACUCGCGUAAACUUAGGAUUACUCCGAAAACAGCCAUGGUUUUCUCGAUAUCACUUAACACCGCCUGAUGCUGAAAGACACCCUGGGUAUUUUGUAGUUAUUUUAAGCAGAUUUCCGAUCGAAAAAUGGCAGACCUACCCGUUUGAAGAUUCUCCAUAUCAGCGUGAACUUUUGACCGCAGAAAUCAAGUUCAAUUUGGCACCAAAGACACGGAAGUUUGUGAUUGCAACAACUCAUUUGGAGCAUUCUGGCAGAUUUUCCAAAUUGCGAGAAAAACAUCUAAAGGAGACCGUGAAAAUGCUUUCUACGCUUGAAAAUGUUUGUGUGAUGGGUGAUAUGAAUCUGGAACGUCAAUUUGAUGGUGAUGUCGUUCUUCCUGUGCAGUGGAUUGACGCGUGGCUUGCAAUUCCUGGACAUACAGACAGUAAUGGUUACACUUGGGACGAGAGGAGAAAUCCGUUCAUUGUGAGAGAGAGAGAAUCAACUUUGAAGGAUCGCUUGGAUCGUGUCUUUUGCAAACUAUCAGGCUUUAAAGUGAAAGAGGUAACAGUUGUGGAUGAUAGAAUGACAAAAUCUGGUGUCCUUCCAAGUGAUCAUUUUGGUAUUUUUACUGUUCUUGAAGCAUCAAAGAAAACCAGUUACAAUAAAAAGAAUUCCCAGGCUGAAAAGGGGGUUUAUUUCAAGAGGCCAUGAGGAUGGGAAAAGUUAAUUAAUCUGUAGUUCACCCAUGUAGAUGGAAAAGAAAAAACAGGGUACACCUUAAGGCAGAUGCUUUGUAGAGUUUUUGGUAGAGGUACCCUUAUCAGGCCACAGUUCUCCACCCUUGUACUAGGUGAGGGCUGGGGCAGAGGCAAGCACUGUCUUAAAAUGUUUCGGCCACAAUAUAUUUUAUUGUUCAACAUAAAGAAGCAGUUUUAAUUGUGUAAGCUCAACUUGCUCAGUUUGUUGACUUCAUGUGUUAUCAGAACAGGUGAGAAUGGAACGAAAUGCAUGUGUUCAUAUUCUCAUGAAGCAGUGACAAGAUACAAAGAUUUCAUGUUUCUCCCUGGUGGGAGACAAAAAUGCAGUUGUUAGACACAUUAUUGUUUAAUAAAUGUUUUGGUUGGGUCAUAUUGGCUGCAGGGUGCACAUUUAUUUGCCAGGGGGAAGACUGGAGAUCAGUCACAAGGGGUUUGCUGGAGGUCUAGCACUAAUAGUUAUUAUCAGUGCCAAACCACAACCAACUUGGAUAAACAACUCUACUCUGUAUACCCCAGUUACAGGAUCAUGAAAACUUCACAUGGUUUCAAACCAUCAUGUUUAUUAUUUUAUUCCUGAGCACCAAAUUUGAUUUGAUAUGAUGUAAUCCUACUAUUUUAGAAUGCUCGUGUUUGUGCAAUAGUUGUAAUUAUUUUUGAAAGAAGCCAUGCAAUACAAAUGAAAUGAAAUUGAAAAUCUUGAGAGAAGAUUGCAGGGUAUAGUAUUGAAAGUUGAUCUUAACAACCAAAUACAGGUUCCGCCAGAAAUUAAGUACACCAAAAUGGUGGUCUUGAAUAUGGGAGUUUUCUAGGGUUCUUACAUCUGACUAAGCUCCUAUUUAUUAAAGUGACACAAUUGUUUGCAUGUUUGCAUGCACUGUCGUAUUUCACAGCACUCUAGAAACAAUCUAAAUACUGAUUAUCACAAGAUUAUUACCACAAUAAAAUAAAACAUUUCACAAAAUUCCUAAGCUCAUUUUCAAUAAUUGCACUAAAUGAAUAAAUAGAGCUCUUAUGUAAAGAAGAAAAAUGUACAUCCCU